UAAAAACAGAAAAAUUAGCUUGGUGUGGUGAUGUGUGCCCGUGGUCCCAGCUACUCAGGAGCUUGAGGCAGGAGAAUCGCUUGAACCCGGGAGGUGGAGGUUGCAGUGAACCGAGAACGCGCCACUGCACUCCAGCCUGGAUGACAGAGCGAGACUCCAUCUCCAAAAAAAAAAAAGUAGUAUAGUUCCACUCAUUUGACAGAUGAGGACACCAAGCCCCACUGGAGAGCAUGCCUGGCAGAUGAGCUCACUCAUUCCUGGAGCCCCUCACGUUUUUGCCGGUUUCUUGUUCCAGCAGGUUGGGGGCGCCCGCCCCCCAGUAGGCCAAGUGGAGGGGGUCCCUCCGCCCAAUGGGCCUGGCCAGGGCCCUACGCCGCCUCAGCGGCGUCCUGGAUUCGGGAGACAGCCGGGCUGGCGAUGAAGAGGAGGCCGGACCGGGUCUGUGCCGCAACGGGUGGGCGCCGGCGCCGGUGCAGUCACCGGUGGGCCGGCGCCGCGGUCGCUUCGUCAAGAAGGACGGACACUGCAACGUGCGCUUCGUGAACCUGGGCGGCCAGGGCGCGCGCUACCUGAGCGACCUGUUCACCACGUGCGUGGACGUGCGCUGGCGCUGGAUGUGCCUGCUCUUCUCCUGCUCCUUCCUCGCCUCCUGGCUGCUCUUUGGCCUGGCCUUCUGGCUCAUCGCCUCGCUGCACGGCGACCUGGCCGCCCCGCCACCGCCCGCGCCCUGCUUCUCGCACGUGGCCAGCUUCCUGGCCGCCUUCCUCUUCGCGCUGGAGACGCAGACGUCCAUCGGCUACGGCGUGCGCAGCGUCACCGAGGAGUGCCCGGCCGCCGUGGCCGCCGUGGUGCUGCAGUGCAUCGCCGGCUGCGUGCUCGACGCCUUCGUCGUGGGCGCCGUCAUGGCCAAGAUGGCCAAACCCAAGAAGCGCAACGAGACGCUGGUCUUCAGCGAGAACGCCGUCGUGGCGCUGCGCGACCACCGCCUCUGCCUCAUGUGGCGCGUCGGCAACCUGCGCCGCAGCCACCUGGUGGAGGCCCACGUGCGGGCCCAGCUGCUGCAGCCUCGUGUGACCCCAGAGGGGGAGUACAUCCCGCUGGACCACCAGGAUGUGGACGUGGGCUUUGAUGGAGGCACCGAUCGUAUCUUCCUCGUGUCCCCCAUCACCAUCGUCCAUGAGAUCGACUCGGCCAGUCCUCUGUAUGAGCUAGGACGUGCUGAGCUGGCCAGGGCUGACUUCGAGCUGGUGGUCAUUCUCGAGGGGAUGGUUGAGGCCACAGCCAUGACCACACAGUGUCGCUCAUCCUACCUCCCUGGUGAACUGCUCUGGGGCCAUCGUUUUGAGCCAGUUCUCUUCCAGCGUGGCUCCCAGUAUGAGGUCGAUUAUCGCCACUUCCAUCGCACUUAUGAGGUCCCAGGGACGCCGGUCUGCAGUGCUAAGGAGCUGGAUGAACGGGCAGAGCAGGCUUCCCACAGCCUCAAGUCUAGCUUCCCUGGCUCUCUGACUGCAUUUUGUUAUGAAAAUGAACUUGCUCUGAGCUGCUGCCAGGAGGAAGAUGAGGACGAUGAGGCUGAGGAAGGGAACGGGGAGGAGACAGAAGACGGGGCUUCCAGCCCCCGAGUUCUCACACCAACCCUGGCGUUGACCCUGCCUCCGUGAUGCAAACCGGUGUCCCCUUCCCCAUGUGUGCCCCCUUCCCCGAGGUAGCAAGAUGGAGAGAUAGGGUUCUCUCCUGGGAUGGGGGCACGUGUUCUUGAAGACCAACAGGUCUGCUGGGUACAUGACUAGGUGGUAAGGUUCUGCUAUGCCUGGUGACCCACCAUGGACAUCCUGGACCUUAAUUCCUCUGCUUCUGUGCUCCCUCCUGAGACCCCUUUAUGAACCCAAUUCCUGAGUCUCACCGGAAUUCUGGAUCACCCAAGAGGAAAAGACUGGUGGUUCUAGAUUCUUCUGUAUGGGUGGAACUGGAUUGCUAUCAGGGUGAGAAACCAGUGGUAUAGACCACCUCUGGGGGAGCGAGUUGAUAGUUCUUGGACAGCAUCACAGAUCAAGGGUUUGUAGGUCUGGAUUCACCUAAGAUUCAAGGGAGUGUUGCUUCUCAACUCAGCCAACCGAGCAGCAAAACCAUCUAGGAGGGAAGGUUAUGGAAUGCCCUAGGCAUUCAAGAUCAUCUUGGUUGACCAAAGACAAAAAAAAAAAAAAAA